AUGACGAACUACAUGUCCCUCCAGGACGCUCGCGCAGGCACGCCGCGAGGGAGCGCGAACUACAACUCCCAGCGUGCCACGGGUCCCGCUCCCUGGAUCCCCGGCCCAGGGCGUCUGCUUCCCAGCUCUAGGAAUUCUGGCCGCACCGACCCCGCCGCUCCCGCCGCCCUCGCUGGGGAGUACAAAAGUCAGCAGCUCCCGCCGGGAUGGGGAUCCGGGCGCUGCCCGCGCCAUGCUCCGCAGACUGGCCCGAGCGACGGCCCCGGUACAUGGGGCUCUCCGGGCGCGGGCGUCUGGGAGCCUCGCGGGGGUCGCACCCCCGUGGUGGGCCUGCGCAGCGACACGGUGACCACGCCCAGGCCGGCCAUGAGGCACGCCAUGUCAGAGGCAGUCGUGGGGGACGACUACGGCGAAGACCGGCAGCUGCAAGAAAUGCCUGUGGAGCUGCUAGGGCUGGAGCGCACCCUCUUUGUGCCCUCCAACACUAUGGCCAACCUCAUCUCUGUGAUGUGUCACUGCCAGUGCCAGGGCUCCCAGCUCCUCCUUGGGCAGGAGUGCCACCUCCACAUCUAUGAGCAGGGUGGGGUGGCUCAGAUUGCUAGAGUGUACUCCCACUCCCUUCCAGACCUGCCCCAUGGCACCCUGGACCUGGCUGAGCUGGAGAGGAUGAUCACACGGGGCGUCCGGAGCCCCUACCACCAGGUCUGCGAGCUCAUUUGCCUGGAGAACUCACACAGCACCUUGGGGGGCCGGGUCCUCUCAAUCGACUACCUACGCCAGGUGCACCUCCUGGCCCAGACCUACAAGGCCCGGGUCCACCUGGAUGGGGCCCAGCUGAUGAACAUGGCACUGGCCCUGCAUGUCCCACCACCCACAUUGUGGAGCACUGUGACUCUGUCUUUCUGCCUCUCCAAGGGCCUGGGUGCCCCAGUAGGGUCCCUGGCUGGGAGGCCCAAAGACUUCAUUGAAGAAGCCUGGUGCCUCCAAAAAGCCCUGGGUGGAGGCGUGCACCAGGUGGGGGUGCUGGCCGCGGCGGCCCUGGUGGGACUGGCUGACACAGAGCAGGCACUGCAGCGGGACCAUGGGAACGCCCAGAGAUUCACCAGAGGACUCCAGGAGCUGGUGUUGUCCGUCUGCCCCCUUGAUCCCACCUUCAUGGAGACAGACAUGGCGAUGGUGAGCGUGGCUGGGUUGCGGGCUGGGAGCGCUGAUGAGAUGGCCCACACUGGCCACGUGGUGUGCAUGCCGCUGUUCCUAUGGACAGAGCUCGCCGUGUGGCACCGCGACAUCUGGGCACAGGACACUGAACUGGUGCUGAGGAAGUGGGAGUUUGUGCUGAGGCCAUUGGAGUCCUGA